AUGGAUCCUGCUGAUAAUACACCCCCUCCAGCCCCUCCUCCCGGAGACGGCCCGCCUGAGGCCCCCGACAGAGAGGCAAUGGAGAAAAUCCGUCUCCGACGACUUGCGAAGCUUGGAUCGUCCUCAAAGCCUGCCGAUGCUUCUGGUAGCUCGACGCCCCAAUCCGAGAAGUCUACCACAACGCCCUCCCGCCCCGCGAGCACGCCCGCCGCCCCUCAAUCCUCCACAAGUACACCUGCUUCCGUUAGCGGCGCAAAACCUCCCACGCCCACGCCCUCCUCCUCCUCAUCCCAAAAGCGACGUGUCCCGCCCGAUCUCGAGCGCGCAGAGGUACGAAUGGCUCAGCAAAGGAAACCUCAUACUCCGGCUCCGGUCUCGCUCGAAGACUUUUCCGACAGGGUGCUCACAGAUAUCCUCCGGGCCACCGUCGACUCGAGCAAGGCUGUUGACCAUCUCAUGUUCCUACCGAACCUAAGCCAGGAGCUCAGCGAUGCUGGCGACCCUCUAAAGCUCUCGGCCGCCAACUUUGACUCGGCCAUUAUGGAAGCUGCGUCGCAAUGGCCUAAAAGCAAGUCCCUACUGAGCUACCUGCUCCCGUGCUGGUCGAGGGCGCAGUCGCAUAGAAACGCCCCACCUAGGGAUGCGACCGAGGAGAAGAUGGAAGUGCUUAAUGAGGCGAAGCGACUAUGUAUCAGCAACUGUCUCUUCGCCUUGACGGUCCCUGAUUUGUUUGGACGAGAAUCCGUUCCGCAGAAUCAGGGUCUCAUGCCUCAUCUCCUCAAAGAGCCCACCCAUCCCGAGGGAAUCGACGACGAGUUCCUCCAGGAAGCUGUGAACCGUUUCCCUGACGAUGACGCGCUCUCCAAUGUCUUUACCCAGGCCAUGAUAAACAUUAGCAACAAGCUGUCGACCAUGAACAUGGAAACGAACUACCAGCCAUAUGUUAGGGCCCUUCUUUUGUAUUGCCGAGUCCCCACGCUUCUGAACCUCUUGGCUCAACACCCCAGCUUCCAGAUGGCGCAAUCCGCACGUGGUAUCGAGACGCAUACGAUUCUGGGUCCCUUCUUCAAGAUUUCUCCCGUCAAUAAGGAAUCUAUGCAAACAUUCUUCUCAGCACCUAGGACUAUGGAUCGGGGUUCGAUCGGCCUUUCACAGGAUUCGAUGCGGCAGGUACUUGCCCUCCACCAGAGUGACCUCUUUACCAUCACGAACGCCUUUGUGCGAGCGAGCCGUGACACCCGUAGUCGUAUUCUUGACUGGUUUGCGUAUAUCCUCAAUGUCAACCACAAACGCCGGGCCAUGCGCGUUGACCCUAAUGAGGUCUCCUCCGACGGCUUUAUGCUCAACGUCACCCGAGUUCUAGAUAAACUCUGCGAGCCCUUCAUGGACAAUUCCUUCUCCAAGAUGGACCGCAUAAAUGUUGACUACUUCCGUCAAAAUCCUAAGCUUGAUAUCAAGGACGAGACGAAGCUCAACGCAGAUCAGGCCAAGUCGGAUGCCUUCUACGCAAACACUCUCCCAGGCUCUCCUCACUUUAUUUCCGAAGUUUUCUUCUUGGCAUUGGCCGCCCAUCAUUACGGCUUAGAGGGCUGCGUAUCGAAGGUUAAGACUCUUGAGAGAGAUAUCAAGAUUUACGAACGUCACCUCGCCUCCAUGGAAGCCGAGAGGCCAAAGAUUGGGAAUAACGCUGUUCAGCUCCAGCUCUUCGAAGUCACCCUAAGAAAGCACACGGAUGCUCUAGAGCUGGCUAUGCGAGUUAAAUUUUCCCUUGAGGGUAUCUUGCGGGAUACCAAGAUGCAGGAAGUGUCGUUACGCUUCAUGCGCUAUGUUGCCGUUUGGCUGUUGAGGGUUGCCAGUCAGACAGACUACACACCCGACAAGACUCUGCAUCUACCUCUGCCCGAAAAAGAACCCGAGGCAUUUGCUUCUCUUCCAGAGUACGCUCUCCAGAACGUGGUUGAGAACUUCAAGUUCGCCUACAGAUACCUUCCUACCAUUCUACCAUUGGCUGUUGGUGACGAGAUCAUCGCUCUCUCCAUUGCAUUCUUGCAGUGUUCUGAGUACAUCAAGAACCCCUACCUCAAGUCAUCCCUCGUUUCACUCCUAUUCUCAGGAACCUGGCCUGCACCUGGCCACCGGAACGGUGUGCUGGGCGACCAGCUGAUCAACUCCAAAUUCGCCAACGACCACCUGCUCCAUGCCUUAAUUAAGUUUUACAUCGAGUGCGAGUCGACCGGCGCCCACACCCAAUUCUAUGACAAGUUUAAUAUACGAUAUGAAAUUUUUCAAGUCAUCAAGUGUGUUUGGCGGGGUAACUCGGUCUACAGCCGUCAGUUGACCCACGAGAGCAAGAUGAAUCGGUCGUUCUUCAUCCGAUUUGUCAAUUUGCUCCUCAACGACGCCACGUACGUGCUUGAUGAGGCAAUGGGCAAAUUCCCCAAGAUUCACACGCUCGAGGCCGAGUUGAGAGCCGGUGGUCUUUCUCGCGAGGACCAACAGAAGAAGGAGGAAGAGAUCCAACAACUCGCCGGGGCCGCGACAUCAUAUAUGCAGCUCGCCAACGAGACGCUUGAAAUGAUGAAGUUGUUUACCAAGGCCCUGCGCGAUGCCUUUACCAUGCCCGAGAUCGUCCAGCGACUGGCCAGCAUGUUGAACUACAACCUCGAGACCCUCGCCGGACCAAAGGCGCGGGAGCUCAAGGUCGAGAACCCGGAGAAGUACCACUUCCGUCCCGGCACGUUGCUCUCCGAUUUCGUCGAUAUUUACAUCAACCUCGGCUCGUCCCCCGACUUUAUCAUGGCCGUGGCCACGGACGGGCGAUCCUAUCGCCCGGCUACGUUCGAGAGGGCGUCAACCAUUCUGCGAGCGAAGACCACGAAGAACCCUGCAGAGAUUCAAGAGUGGAACAAGCUGCGCGGGAAGUUUGUCGAGGCCAAACUCGAGGCCGAGCAGGCGGAGCUCGAUCUUGGAGAAAUUCCCUCCGAUUUCGAGGACCCUAUCCUCGGCGAUCUGAUGAAGGACCCCGUUAUCCUCCCAUCCAAGAUGGUGGUGGAUCGCUCGACGAUUAUCCAGCACUUGCUCUCCGACCCUACGGACCCCUUCACUCGCCAGCCCCUUACUAUUGAGCAAGUGAUUCCCGACGAUGAGCUGCGAGGCAAGAUCGAGGCUUGGAAGGAGGAGCGCAUUGCGGCCGCCAAGGCGAAGGCAAAGGAGCAGUUGGAGGCUCAAGCUGUCGCUGAGGCAGCCGCGGCUGAGGAUGCCCUAGCCAAGGAGGUGGAAGUCGAUGGGGAUGUCCAGAAGGAGGAUGUGGAAAAGAUGGAUACCUCUGAGGGUUAG